AUGAACUGCCCUUCGCGUACAGACGAGGACCUCGUCCAUCCCGACUGGAACCAGAACCCGCCAUUUUUACCCCCGGAUCUGACCAAGAGAGAAGAUCUGAAUGGCCGUGUGAAUGACAGGCAAGGUCGAAACGGACGGGAUCUGUCGUCCUCGUCUCUCGAGUGUCCUGGCGGAGCGUUCGAGUCGCAUGUCAUGACUAUUGAAACCACUCCGUCACCGGCAACCGCCCCCUUUGCAGAUGCAAAACUCGCUCGUUAUCGAGAAGAAUUUUGCUCUGCUACCAAAGAGACCCCAUCUAUGGCCCAUGGUUUAACCGCCUGGAUCCACCAUUUUAACCGGUGGCUUCUGCCCUACCAAAGCUACAUUUGGUGGAUGACAGCUACCAUCUUCACUACGCUUGUAGUAUACUGCGUGGGGGAUAUGUUUCGAACAUUCUUUCCAACCUCUCAAAAGAUUCCCAUGCAGAAAACAAAGCGAGCUUCGACAUGCGGAACUGGCGGCGUAAAUGCUGCUGAAUACAACUUACCUCUGCAUGUCAUCGCCCUUUUCAUCAUUAUGUUUGUAUCCUCAUUCGCCUGUGGCUUUCCGAUGUUGGUGCUCAAGUAUCCACGUCUGCACAUCCCACAGUCCUUUUUCUUUGCCGUCAGACACUUUGGAACCGGCGUUUUGAUCGCCACAGCAUUCGUCCAUCUGCUGCCGACGGCGUUCACUUCCCUCGGCAACCCUUGCUUGUCGGGGUUCUGGACUAGCGAUUACCCGGCAAUGCCAGGCGCCAUCGCUCUUGCCGCCGUCUUUUUAGUUACCAUUAUAGAAAUGGUGUUCAGCCCUGCCCAACAUGUAUGCGGUGGGACUAGCGAUGUAGAAAAAAUCGUCUGCACCAAGAAGCCGUCGAAUGAACGGCAGCCCUCAGGUCUUGCCGGAGUCAGGGAGGACGGACGUGACUCGAGGCUUCAAAACGCCCAGACUGACUUGACCCGAAGUCUCAGCCGUCGAGAGCGCGACUCACUGAGCGGCAGAGCCUCCAGUAUAGGGCGCGAGCUGAACCGUAUGAAGCCAUCUGGUCAACCAGGUACCACGCAGGUAGAAGUAGAAGAUGACGACCGUAUCGAGGACGGAUCCGGCGACGAACUCCCACAGAUAGUCUUAAGCCCGGAGCAAAAACGACAAAAGGCAUUUAUGCAAUGCAUUCUCCUCGAAGUCGGAAUCUUGUUCCACAGCGUCUUUAUUGGGAUGGCGCUGAGCGUCUCGGUGGGGAGUAAAUUCGUCAUACUCCUCAUUGCCAUUACUUUUCAUCAAAGCUUUGAAGGACUCGCUCUCGGCUCACGCAUCGCCUCCCUGGACUGGGAGCCUAAUGCCAUACAGCCCUGGCUUAUGGCGUUAGCAUAUGGUUGCACAACUCCUGCAGGUCAAGCUAUCGGCUUAGCUACUCAUACCUUGUACUCUCCGGACUCUGAAAUCGGUCUUAUUAUGGUUGGCACUAUGAAUGCCAUAUCUUCUGGCCUGCUUGUCUAUGCUUCCCUCGUCGAGCUCUUGUCCGAGGACUUCCUCAGUGACGAGAGCUGGCGCGUCUUGAGAGGAAAGCGCCGGGUGUUUGCCUGCAUUCUCGUGUUCCUCGGCGCGUUUGAGGUGACGUUUGUCACUUCGCUAGCACAACACACCGAUACCUGGCUUAAUCAUUUACCGCAUCUCCACGAGCACGCGAGCGUCGUCAAUCACCAACCGCCCUCCGACCGCCAGCAAGCUCCAAAUCGCCUUUUCAAGUCGCGCCGGAUCUUCGAAGUUCGAAUCGAUAGCUUCCCAACACCCUCUCGGUUAGACGAGCAGUGUCUUCCUUAUAGCUGGCUCGGCUCAAAGCGGGGGUCGGGAACACCCUUCCGUGGCCGUUCGACGAGAGGAGGACAUCGGACCCAGGGGGCAUCAGAUCCAGUUGUUCUUGUUGGGAAUGGGAGUAACGCGCAGAGCCAGGGUCACCCUAUGAGCGCCAGGGGCGGGCGUGGUAGGGGAACUAUCUCGUCGCCGUUUGGGGCCCAAUCUCGAGGAAACUUCAAAGCAGGAGACGGUAGCAAUAGGAGCGGUUUUACGGGAUUUCGAAAAAGCUCCUCCCCGCCAGUCUCUCAAACGGACGGUCUACCGGCAUCUAAUCCAUUCGGACCCAAAUCAAACGCACAGGCCAGCUCGCCAUUUGGCUCGGCAGCUCGGGGUCGAGGAAAUCAACAUGCUACUUUUGGGCAGGCUCGUGGCGGCCGUGGCAGUACGCGAGGGUUUGGAGCUGUUGACCGAGCUAGGGAUCCGAGGCGUCGACCUGCUACGACCCCGGCUGGCAUCAAACCUGCAGAUAGUAUAGCAGACUACACCACUCGAUAUGAACGGCAUGUUGACCCGGACUCUGGCGAAUCCAGCAAUAUGGAAGGGAAAAUGAUCAAACGAUUUAGAAGGUCGGCUGCUGGCAAAGACGAGCAGCUGCCGUCCGAUAUCAGAAGUCCUAAAACCCUUCUUCAGACAAUUAACUACAUGCUGCGACACGUUACCACAAGCGACGAGACUCUUGGCUCAAUACAUAAGUUUGUGUGGGAUAGAACACGCUCGGUGCGAAAUGACUUGUCCAUCCAACAAGUCAGCCAGCGGCAAGAUAUUGACCUCGCGGUCAAAUGUUUCGAGAGAAUAGCACGUUUUCAUAUUCUCUCGCUUCAUCUUCUAUCGAACCCUACAAACCAGGAGCAGUUUGACCAUCAUCAGGAGCGAGAACAACUAAACAAUACUCUUCUCUCGCUCCUUUAUUAUUACGAUGAUAACCAUGGUCGACUUGAGUUUCCGAAUGAAGCCGAAUUUAGAGCAUAUUAUAUUUUGUUUUCUAUCCACGACCAACGUCCCGACCUUGAGGCACGAGUUCAGAAAUGGCCUCGUGAAUUAAGGGAGUCUCUACGAGUUCAGGUAGCAAUGGAAAUGUUCGCAGCAGCAGGAAACACUUGGGAGUACCAAGGGACGCUGGACGCUAAGCGGCAAAAUCCCCUUGCCCAAGGGUUCUACUCGCGAUUCUUCCAGCUCGUCAGGUCAAAGAGCGUGUCCUACCUUAUGGCUUGCGUCGCAGAGGUAUACUUUAACCAAGUACGCCAAACAGCAAUCCGAUCAAUUUGGAAAGCAUAUUGCCGGCAACCUGCCUCUCAACAACAUAAAAACCAGGAAUGGACCAUCGAUGAGCUCACCAUCGCUUUGGCUUUCGACAACGACGAUCAAACCAUAGCCUUCUGCGAGGAGCAGGACCUUCAGCUUGCGACCAAUGCUGAGGGCCAACUCUAUCUGAACUGGGCCAACCGUCCAAUUGACUCUAUUGCAUUUCAACCGUCAUCUCGUCAGACUUUCUCGUAUCAACUUGUGGAGCAAAAGCGCUGCGGAAGAUCACUGGCCGCCGUCAUACUUGGGAUGAGCGUUUCACAGGCUAUCAGACACAAAAUGAUUGAUACAUCUCUCCUUCAAAACGAACUAUACAAUCAAUCAGUGCAAGCAGAUGAAGAGGGCCUGUUUGUCAGUGAUGAUGAGAAUCAACAGCAACAACCCGCUCAUGCGGUGCAGCCGUCACCUUUCGAAACAACUGAUGAACCACUUAUACCGUCGACCUUCAAUACGCCCUCAUUCGGAGGCCCUGUAUCCCAAUUUGGCCAGAGUUCUCCAUUUGGCUCUCCCUUCAAUUCCCAGCUAUCGCCAGCCGCUUCGCCCUUUUCGCCUCAAAACUCAAGCAUAAAGCCAAUUUCCCAGUUUGGGCAACCAAGCCCUGCACACGCAUCUACACCGUCGUCAUCAUCGCCGACGCCGCCUAUGGUAGCAAAUACAGGCGAAAUCUCCGCCGCAGUUCCGUCAAAUUCCACUACCUUCUCGUCAUCGUUUCCUUCGGCUGUCCAAACAGGCUUCGGCUCGCCGUCUUUUACAGCGGCCCCCAGCAACAAUCAACCAUUUAAAGGAAGCCAAAAUAACCCAGCCACUUCAAUCUUUGGUACGCCUUCCGCUGUUCCCAUUGGUACAUCCGGCUCGACUGCAUCAAACCCAAGCCCCCCCGAAAACCAACGACCUCUUUUCGGGGCGCCGUCACCAUUCGGCCCUUCACCUGUGAUUAAAACCCCAGAAGAAAAGGGGUCUCCUUUCUCAAUAGGGAAUACUCAACAAACAUUCCUACCAUCAAAGGAUGAAAGUUUGAAGGAAGAGUCCAAAUCGCCCUUUACUGUGUUUCCCGGGAAUACUCUUAGACAGCAGUCGACUUCCACUUUAUUUGGACAACAAACAUUCUCCAAUCCCCCAAAACUGCCGGAACCAGCAGCGCCGUCAAUGAAUGAAGAGGCUAUAUCCCAAACAUAUAAGCCGGCAUCUCUGUUCUCCCCAUUUCCCGGCUCUCUUAAACCCCAAUCAACUCCGUCUAUCGACUCAACAGGGGGUAAACUCCAGGCGGAAUCCGGACCAUUUGCUCCAACAGCGUCCCAUGCUGCAUCUUCCCUUUUCAAACUCAAUGAUUCUGAGCCAGUCUUGCCCCAGGCUCUAGACAGCCCGCCAAGUCAAACGGAGCCAAAUGGUUAUUUCCAAACAGGGCCUUCCAUACAACAACGACAAGAAGCAGAGGAGGAGGCAAGGAAGAAGAGGGAGCAGGAAGAAGAAGAGAGGAGAAAAAUUCUAGAACUAGAACGGGAAAGAGAGCGACAGAAGCGUGAGAUGGAGGAAGCAGAGGCUAAGAAACGAGAGACAGAACGACAGGAAGCUGCGGCUCGUGAGGCAACUCGGGAAGCAUUACGCAAACAAAGAGAAGCUCGGGAGGAGGCUAAGCGCCAAGCAGAAGCAAAAGAACGAGCCCAACGCGAACUCGAGCAAGAGCUUCAGGCCGGUCAACGCGAAAUCGCAAGAAGGCAAGCGGCUGAAAAGCGAGCUGCGAAACAGGAAGCUGCCAGACGAGCAUCGAUAGAAGCAGAUAUUACGAAACGAAAGGCUGACGAUUUCACUGAGGAACCGGAUCUUUCGUACAAGAGAGCCUCAAAAGCAGCCAGACUAACUCCGGAGGAUGAGCUGUCGGUCGAAGAACUUAUGAAAGUGGAUAGGCCUAGGCAUAAGAGAUCACAAACCUCUAACCCUCAACCUUCAAAACCUGCUAUCGACGAGGAUGAACUUCUACUCUCUGCCGCCAGGCUAGCGGCGCACACGUUAUCUCAGGGAGCCCGGCUAUGGGAUGAAACCCCAUCUUUCAGCCAAUCAGUUUCCUCAGCGUCAAGUUCGUUCUUCGGAAGGUCUAGUACAGGAUCUCGACCUAGCUUCGAUGGGUCUCAUGCGGUCGUUAACGGUUAUGAUGUUGCUCUUGCCCCUUCCUCGCCACUUGGGCUGGGCAGGACUCUCUCCAGGACGGAACAGAGGAUAAGGGCAACGGGUGCUAACGGCCUGGCGUUUAAACCUAUUACCCGCGUUCACAAGCCAUCUAAGAAGAUUAAAGAGAAAGGAAAGGAGCCACAGCGCUAA